UAUUCAAUACAUCCUAAAGUUUACGCGGAAAAGAAGACCAGAAAGGUCCAUUUCUAAGCCAAUUUUAAGUACAAACAGGGAUGGAAGAAGCAUCGAGUAAAUGUCCCAGCGCCAACAAAGUCUUCCAAUGAAAGCGAUAUUUCCUGUAUUACUGCAAUAACUUUGUAGAAAGACUGACCAAAAAGAGUCUUCAUUAUCAUCAAAAUCUGGGCCAUUCUUUGUGCCAGCAAGAAAACUUCAAAAACAGGCCCACCUUUAACGAUCUUCUUUUCUUUUUUUCCUCAAAUUCUACAUACCUACAUGCUCCAUUUCACACGCACUAGCACUUUUUCAAGUAUGCUUAUGUAUUAUCCCUGUCCCCUGUUUCUGUGACUGUUUUCUGUCAGCAAAAAUGAAGCUUGAUCAACCUAAAUCCGGUAAGGGUUCCGUUGAUUAUUGUGAUGAAGAUUGCAACCCACAUUUAAAUCUUGAUGGGAAAUGUAAUGGUUCUUGUUUCCAAAUCUGUCCUCUUGUUUGUAAGUAUCUUUGUGUUGAUGGAAAUCCUUUUCCUUCGCCGCCUGUAUCAAAACAAGCACCACCACCAAGGCCACGGCCACCAAAACCACGACCAGAGCCUCUUCCACUUGAGCCACCGCUAGUUCUGCCGAACCCAUUAUAUGAGGCAGGAAGUGCAGCUCAAAAGCAUGUACUCACAACAGGUAUGAUCAUCAUGGGUGGCUUCAUUGGUGCUGCAAUUCUUGUUUGUAUCUUAGCUACAAUUUUAAGAGCUAGGAAUAGAAUUUCAACAAGAUCGAGAAGUCUACCGCCUAUAAUUUUUGCUACUCAGGAGGACUUUCUCGAUGAAGAUCAAGGACCACAACUCGACCAUCCUAUUUGGUAUAUCAACACAGUCGGUCUUCAACAAUCUGUUAUCGAUUCGAUCGCAGUUUUUAAAUAUAAAAAAGAUGAAGGGUUGAUAGAAGGAACAGAGUGCUCUGUUUGCUUAAAUGAGUUCCAAGAAGACGAGAGUCUCAGGCUCUUGCCAAAGUGUAGCCAUGCUUUUCACAUACCCUGUAUUGAUACUUGGUUAAGAUCACACAAGAAUUGCCCUUUAUGUCGUGCCCCUGUAAUAUCCGAUAACUUUGAUGUUCAAGUGGAGUUACCGGAAUCUACAUCGAGUGACUUGAGCUCAACUGGAGGAUCACAGACGGAGAAUUCUACAAAUAAUAGUGGGUUGAUAACGAUAAGCAAUUCAGUUGGAGAAGAUGGUACUGAUGAAGUGAGAGAUGGAGAUGAUACGAACUGCGCAUUACCAAUUGAAGAUGAAACAAUUGGUGGAAACUCGAAAACGGGUUUGAAUUUCGCUGUUUUGGGGAAUCAUUCUCGAGUACAAAGUGAUUUAGUUGACACCAGACUGACAAUAAAGGCCGAAAUGCAACCUGUGAGGAGGUCUGCUUCGUUGGAUUCCUCUUCUGCUAUGGCAAUUUAUAGUUCUGUAGGUAAAGUUAUUCCUGGUAAACAUGGAGAAAACUUGGAUAUCCAAAUGGUUCGACUAAAGCACUCAAAAUCGAAGAAUGUUCUGAAGCGGGGAAGCAAUGGAAAUAUAAGUUUCAGGAAGCUGAUGAAGAGUUCUUCAAUUAGUCAUGCAUUGCAGAAGGCACCUAUUGCAAUGAAAAGGUCAUUCUCCUCAAGUGGGAAGUCAUCAUCUUCAUCGUCUAGACUUAGCAGAAGCCAAGACUCAAUUCUUCCCUUCUGAGAAAGAAGCUGUUUCUUUGCUGUGACCUGUCUUGUUUCAGGUUAGUUAAUUGCAGAAUCUAGAAUUGCAUUGCAAGCAUUUUGAAGGAGCCUAAAUAUACAUAUAAAUAUAUAAUUAAAGCACAAGAUGCACUCUUUGUACAAGGAUAUAAUAGAAAGCUUACAGGAAAAUGAAUCUUUCAACAAAGGAAGAAUAUCAAGAAACAUGUUCUUGAUGAUGCAGUUAAUACUUGACAUCACAGGGUGCAUUAUAUGUUUGGAAAACAAAAACAAAAAACAGUCUUCGAACUGGACUUGUUAUUUGUGAUCUCUCUUCCUCUUUUACUAUUCAGAGUUUCUGCAAGUAAAAACAUACAAGCUUUUGCUAUAGUGAAUCUUGUUCUUCUUCUGUC